GGGAAUCGGCAGCUGCAGCUGUAGCGGUAUUUACGUGUUCCUCCAUUUGUCUGCAAAUCCCCAUUUACUCAUUUCAAGUCGAAGACUUUCCGGGGAUUUGUCGAGGUUUUCAAUGCGUGCUGUAGUUGCUUCUCAGGUGUGAAAUUUUGGGGGCCCAGCUGCAGGUUCACUAUCUCGACACCACCCUUGGUGUAGCUGUCGACGUCUGGGCACAAUCACCAAGCUGCGUUCAUUUGCAAGUUCUCCUCGAGAUUUGUAACAUUCCACUGCAGGUACCGAGUUGUGAGGAGGAAAUAGUUUGUCAGUAACCAUAGCCAAGUUCGGAGCAACGGUGUUGGAGUGAAGCAUCGGAGAGUCUCUAUGGGCAGAAUGGAGGGGGAUGGAGGGGGUGAGAGGUUGUGGCGUAAAGCCAGAAGCGUAGUGUCCGCAUUGGGAGCAUUUAAGCGGUCUCACAAGAAGGUGGACUUGAGCGACGGCGAUGCUGGCAGAACUCUCACUCCGAUGAUGCCGUUGUCAAACAUGACGCCUCCUCGAAAGGCCUCUAAGAAGGGAUGCAUAGCCUUGAGCGCGUGCAUGGUGUUUAUAGUGUUGGUUGUGGUGACUGGAACGGUGAUCGGAGUAACCGUUUCCAAGCAAUUCAAGUCGAGAGAUGAAGUGGACAACGCUAACUCCGUGAGCAGUAUUUGCAGAAGAACUUUGUACCCAGAAGUUUGCAACAGUACUCUCGCAGGCACAGACACCAGCAGUCCGCAGAUGUACAUCGAGGCAACCAUGAAAGCAGCCAUGGUAGCCAUAUCCAAAUCCUUGCAGGCGGUCGAAGAUUUGCAGCUGUCAUCGCCGAAGAAAACCGGAAUCCAGUACUCAACCCUAAAAAUGUGUAAAGACGUGCUAGCUGAUUCCCUGGAGCAAGUAAACUCUUCUUUGUCUCGUUUCGUGGAGUUGAAGCACUACUCCAGCUUGAAAUCUGAGGUGGGCAACAUCCAGCAAUACAUGGCUGCUGCCCUAACGUACCAAGACACAUGUAUGACGGGAGUGCAGGAUUUUGGCGUGUGGGACGGAAGCGAUCAACUGAACGGAACCCAAGCCACACACGUUGCCCAGCUUCUUAGCAACGGUUUGUCCCUUGUCAACUCUCUUUCAAGGCUAACCGACUUCAGCAAACUAUUUCCUAGCAAAAGCCGACGCCUAUUAGCCCAACCAAGUCCUCCUGGAAGCUCCAGCGACUUCACUCAUGCCUUGAUUGAAAUGGAAGAUGACAUUUCUCUGGGUCCUGAGUUUCCUCGCUGGCUCUCUCGAGAAGGGCGUCGUUUGCUUCAAGAGAAGCCAACACCCAAUGCUGUAGUUGCACAAGAUGGCACAGGGCAGUACCAGAGCAUACAAGCUGCGGUGAACGCAGCACCAUCUGGUGGAACCCGGUGGGUGAUUUACGUUAAGAAGGCGGUGUACAAUGAGUAUAUUAGUAUACCCAAGGACAAGAAGAAUCUGAUGAUGUAUGGCGAUGGACCAGGGCAGACUGUCAUCACCGGAAGCAGAAGCGUGAAAGGCAGUGGAUUGAGCACAAUGUAUACUGCAACUUUCGAAAUACGUGCUCCAGGCACCAUCCUGAGAGACUUGACUAUACAGAACACAGCAGGUCCAGUUGGAGAGCAAGCGGUAGCGUUGAGAGCUGCAGGAGACCAGCAAGCUUACGCAAACGUUUUCCUCGAGGGUUACCAGGACACCCUCUACGCCCACACUCUCCGCCAAUUCUAUAGCCAGUGCUCAAUCUACGGCACGAUCGACUUCAUCUUCGGCAAUGCAGCCGCGGUGUUUCAGAGCUGCAACCUCUUCGCUAGACCAGGGAUGGCCAGCUCGCAAAACAUCUACACAGCCAGUGGGCGAACCGACCCAUCAGAGAACACAGGAUUCUCCUUCUUAUCGUGCACGGUGGGAGCGGCACCGGGGCUAGCAGAUUCAUUCCCGACCUAUCUAGGUCGACCAUGGAAAGCGUAUUCGCGAACGCUGUUCAUCAAGUCCAGUCUCGCAGCAUGUGUUAACCCGGAGGGUUGGUUGCUGUGGAACAACGAUCCCAACUCCGGCAACAGUGUUACUUACGCGGAGUACCAGAAUUCGGGCCCUGGUGCCGACACCGCGCGGCGCGUCUCCUGGAGCAAACAAAUCUCCAUUGCCGAGGCGUCAAAGUUCACCGUGAGCAGCUUCAUCGCGGGCCAAGAGUGGUUGCCCGCUACGUCCAUCACUUAUAGUGCCACGCUCUAGUUGCAAUUUUGAUUUUUUACUGUACUUUUGCUAUCUUUUAGCUGUUUAUCCCUUCUUCUUUUUAUCCUUUGUUUUAGACUUUGCUUAGGGGGGGGCGGAGUAGCCGAGGCGUGUGGUUCAAUUUCAAAUACUUUUGAUUUUGACUCACAUCAUAAGCGUAAAACGAACGGGUGAGUGAUGACGGGUCGGUGGUUGGAAUGGUUGACCAUGGCCUUGUCGGUGGAAGGGAUCGUUAGCCAAGGAUUGUCGGUGAGAGUGUGUCGAAGGAAUGAAGUCCCACGUGAGCUCAUCUUUCUUUGUGGAGAGACUGUCUUAAUAAAAUCUGAUUUCACAUGCUGUUAAAAAAAAUAAAAAUACUUGCUUA